GGGUUACUCUGUAAUGAGAUACGAAUAUGAAAAUGUUCGCAUCUUCAAUUUUGGUACUCUGUAAUACGACAAACGCAGUAAAUUUUGAAAUUUUCGAAUUUAGUUUUUCCCUUUCGCAUUAGCGGUACUCUGCUUUGCUAAAGCAAUUGUCAAACAUGCGUUAUAUUCGUAAUUUUUGUGCUACAAGUAUAAAGAAGUCGCAAUGCUUGAAAAUGUAAGUUUCAAAUAUGAAUUAGUUGUUUUAAUUGCUACUAAAAUAUAUAACGCCGUGCAUAUGAACUAUUUUGCACAAAUUUACAGGGAAGCACCGAAAAUAAAACAACAAACUCAACCAAAGCAAUUUGAAAUUCUUGUGGAUUUCAUGAAGGCGCAUCCCGAUUUAUCGAAAGGAUCACUAAAAACACCAGACGCCAAAAAUACCUCCAAUAAUUUAUGGAAAAAUUUAGUUUCCCAUUUAAACGCAGCUGGGCCACCAUUGCGCGACAUUGCGGGGUGGAAAAAGGUUUGGGCAGACUAUAAGAUUCACUUAAACGCAAAAAUGCGACGAAACAAAAAUAAUAUUUCGGGAACUGGAGGUGGUCCCUCACUUUUCAUACCCUUAUCACAGUUAGAGCAACAAUUGAGUGAGUUAUUGUCAAUAGAGGAAUCAAUAAAUGGAAUGAGUGGUACCUUGUCAUUCGGUGCAGCUAUAAGCAGCAUGUCGGAGCCGCCAUAA